GAAGGUAACUAGAUGUGAUUACACUCUGGCUCAGGCAACUCUGACUUUCCUCUGCCUGCCUUCACCAGCUGUUGCUUGAUGUUCUCACAAUAAGAGGCAGCCGGUACUGUCUGAACAACAUGCUGCUGCAGAAUAACAUACAGCUGCUGUGUUUCAGUUCUUCUGUAGAGACAAAUUUUGGAACUCCUUUUGGAGUUGCUCUAUUUUUUAGCUGGAAAUUUACAAAAAAUUUUAUUGCUUUGGAGACUUCUGGUUUUAUUCAAAUUUGGUGAAAUUGGCUGAUCAGGCCAGAAGUAAUCAGGAUGGAUGGUUGGUCAGCAGGCACGUGGUAUAGUUGUGCAAUCCUUUUGGGUAAAAAAAAAAGCUUCUGCUCAUAUUUUUUGCUUUCACUGAUGAAAUUCUAUUUGCAAAUUAGUAUGCAUGAGAACUGCACUGCUUAAUCUGUCUGUCUGGCCUAGGUUAGGAGAAUGUGUUUAAGCCCUCAGGCCCCAAAAAGUGCCCAUAACACUCCAAGCUAUAUGCUAUUUCUGAUGGCUGAAAACCCAUUCUCAUUUUAAAAAGCAUGAACAGAAUUGCAGAUGAAAAGAGCUGACUUCCAACGGGCUCGAGCCUUUACUUAACCUACUUGAAUACCCCUUUAAAGUUUUGGAGCAGCAGUUUCACAAGCCUAGUAAUAAUACAACCAAAGCAAUGGCCAAGCUGCGCUCACAGGCUAAUUACAGAUUCUGUAAAAUAGGUUAACAUGUGAACAUUUUAUGAAUCUGAACGUUUAGUGAAUUGAAUGGUGACAUCUGCUAGCCUGGAGGUGUUCAGACGGUUUCCCUGUGGGGAAGCUCAGGGCGCAUGGAGGUGACAGCUUCCAAGUUCAUGGACAUCCAGCGGGCCAUCCAGCCAGACUGGUUCCAGUGCAUCUCUGAUGGAGACACCAUUUCUGGGGAAGCUGGCAGAAAAAGAGCCAAGAAAUCUGUGGAUAGGUCACUUUCCUUCUUGGAUAUGUGCCUUCAGCUGCAAGAAAAAUCACCGGAACUACAAGGAAGUGUAAUGUUUGGGGCAAUUGAAGGUGGAGAUAUCUUGGAAGAGAGGCUCAGAUCAGCCAGGGAGACUGCCAAGCGGCCCGUGGGUGGCUUUCUGCUAGACGGCUUCCAGGGAAGUGCCAUGGCGAAGGAGACCAAGUUGAAACUGAUAGCUUCUGUCACAGCAGAGCUGCCAGAGGAUAAACCAAGAAUCAUCCAUGGUGUAGGCAAACCAGAUGAGGUGCUUGAGUGCAUUGAAAGGGGAGUGGACAUUUUUGAGAGCUUCUUUCCUUUCCAAGUGACAGAGCGAGGCUGUGCCUUGGUUUUCAGUUACAACUACCAUCCAGAUCCUGAAGCAACAGUUUUAACACAAAAUGGGACCCAAGACCUGGAGAAGAAUGGUGCUCAAGAAAACCAGGAGGAAAUCUCCAAAGCUGAUCCAGAAAUGACACCAUUUGAGAUAUCUCUGAAGGAUAAAAAAUACCACGAUGACUUUGGCCCUUUGCUGGAAGGAUGCAGCUGUUACUGCUGUCAGAGGCACACUCGUGCCUACGUCCAUCACCUCCUGGUGACCAACGAGCUGCUGGCCGGUGUCCUGCUCAUGAUGCACAACUUCCAGCACUACUUUGGUUUCUUCAGUGCCAUUCGGGAUGCCUUAAGGGACAGUAAACUGGAUCAACUCAAGGAGCUUGUCUUCAGGCAGGCGCCGCAAGGCCCGGCAAACGCGACGCUGAGACUGUGAGCUCAGAGAGGACAGAGGAGGCUGCAGGCUGCAUCCUCAUCCAGUGGGACUCUAUCACCUGGGCCUGGCAGUAGUAAAAUGCCAUCUUUCCUGGAGGAACCUGAGGGAGACGUUUGAAGAAGAUCUCGCUUCCUGGUGGGGAAGGACAAUCUUGUUCAAAUGUCUCUUUUGGUUGAUUGGUUUGGUGCAUUCUUGGUGGAUGGAAGAGCCUGGAAGACCAGUAAGACCAGUAUGGAUGGGUUUGUUUUCAGAUACUCACUGCAGGUUUCCCAUGUGCAAGGACAGAGUAAUUGAACUUGUGAUUGAGGAUAAAAUAAAGCAGGGUGUAUACUUUAAAUUAAUCCAGCUGCCUGGAGACUCAGCAGCUGCUUGGGACUCUUGUUCCAUACCUGACAGUAAUUAUUUUUCUAGAAAAACCUAGUGGUGUGCUAGUCUCUCAUCAUGUAUCUCCUUGGUGAGAAAUCCCACCUCAGUCUAACACAUUGUCCUUGUAGCCAUUGCCAGCAUCUGUGUCCUUGGAAAGAACUGACUGGAAGCGCUGCUGUGUCCAGUGGUACGAGGGACUGUGUGUUACUCCUCUCUCAGGCCACCUGCAAUGCAGAAUGUUCUCUGGGCCUGGGAGAUGUUUCCCACCUCGACCUGGCCUUGUACACCCCUGCCUCAGGAGUCCCAUUCAGUGACAUUACAGCCAGAGAGAAAAGAACGUGUUUAAUCCAUGUUCUGCUGUAGAGGUGUUUUUUUAGGGUUUUAGGUGUUCUUUUAAACUCUGCACUUUUCCUAGAUUUCACUCUCGUUUUAGCACAUGGGUGACAAUGUCUGUACCAUUCUUUCCAGCCACCCAAGCACUGGUCAGAGAGCAGGCUACACAGAUGUCACUGUGAGAUGGAGCUGUGGAAGGAAAGUGUCAUAGGAAAGGACUUGUAGAAAACAUUCUGGUGGGUCCUUGUUUUAAAAUAUGACUUAGUUAUGUCACAUUCCUCUUAUUCAGUUGGGUUUUUUUACUGUCCCUUACUGUGGAACCAUGGAUUCAAUCAUUUUAUAUUACAAAGCAACAAUAAAAGAAAUUUAUUGUUUGUUA